AUGGCAAUCCUCCCCGCUCACCCCAAACUCAGCGUAACCAUAACGUCCAACAACCGCACCCUCCCAGAAUACCCGGACCCGUCACCUUUCGUUCACAAAACCUUUUGGGGUCCCCCGGAAUCUGUUUCAAGUGUAUAUGUAGAAUGCGAAUCGGACACUGAAUUCCAGAUAAAUUAUGAAGUGAAACCCGGCUUCGAGCUGGAGCGUCGCCAUAACGAGGUGUCGUUCUGGGCAGAUGUGAAUGGCCAAAGCAUUGGAGGUUCUUGGUCUGGAGGUGUGAGAUAUGGAUGGAAAAAGUGCUUUUCGGAGGCGAUCACGAGACCGAAUGAGGUGGAUAUGGCGUAUCAGACGUUGAAGUUUAGUAGUUUGGAGAAGUUAGACAAUGUCUCCGUCGACCGCUUGAACAACGACAGAAAGUCUCUCGACGGCCUCGGGGAAAUUCUAGUCUGCGUCUACCGCUCUUACCAAACGACCAUAAUCGACGAACGCUUCGUCCAGAGACCUUUGGAAUCAGUAACCGAGAUGUCGGAAAAGGCUUUAAAAGGCCAAGCUAUCUCGCAUGGUGUUGUCUUUGGCGGCGAAGUACGAGAACCGCCAGAGCGACCGCAUUACAAAAGAACAUACCCAGAUGGGUAUUACACACCGCUAGCAAUUUUUAGAUUCAAAUAUCGUUCCCGAGAAGCCCUUCAACAAGAACUAAUCAUCCCACGCUCGCCAUCUCGCUCUGUCACUCCAGCAGCAGAGACAAAUCAAGAACGUUUAACACGUCUAAAGCGCGAAAUAUCCCACAUCAAAGCCGAAGAAAAAUCUCACGUCCGAAACCGGGCUGUAAAACGUGAGAUACCAGAUGACGACGAGCUUCAAAUCCUGGAGUCCCGUCCGCGAAAAAGAAAUAGUGUGUUAGGAUCCGGUGUGGUGAUUGAUUUGACUGAUGAUUGA